UCCGGGAAGUUCUGGAGUUAUUUGACAGGAGCCAGGGAAGCCGCAAAGGACGCGGAGGACCGCCGGGUGCUGCGAGGGCAGCUGGUGGAGUCGGGCCGCCCGGAGCGGUGGGGAAAGGACCUUGAGCGCCCCUCCGCCGGCCACCCGGCCGCUCUGCCAGCGCGCAGGGCGCGGCCGCUGCUCCGACCGAGUGCCGCCCGCGCCCUCCGUGGCCGAGAGCCGCGCCGUCCCCUCGCCGUCCCCGCGCCGGUCAGCAUGCUGCUCCCCCAGCUCUGCUGGCUGCUCGCCGCGCUGCUGCCGCCGGCGCCCGCGCAGAAGUUCUCGGCGCUCACGUUUUUGAGAGUGGACCAGGACAAGGACAAGGACUGCAGUUUGGACUGUGGCGGCUCCGCCCAGAAGCCCCUCUGCGCCUCCGACGGGAGGACCUUCCUGUCUCGCUGCGAGUUUCAACGCGCCAAGUGCAAAGACCCCCAGUUAGAAAUUGCCUAUCGAGGAAGCUGCAAAGACGUGUCCCGGUGCGUGGCCGAGAGGAAGUACACGCAGGAGCAGGCCCGGAAGGAGCUGCAGCAGGUGUUCAUCCCUGAGUGCAACGAGGACGGCACCUACAGCCAGGUCCAGUGUCACAGCUACACGGGCUACUGCUGGUGUGUCACACCCAACGGGAGGCCCAUCAGCGGCACCGCCGUGGCCCACAAGACGCCCAGGUGUCCAGGCUCCGUAAAUGAAAAGUUACCCCAGCGGGAGAGCACAGGAAAAACAGUCUCCUUGCAAAUCUUUUCCAUUCUGAAUUCAGAUGAUGCCUCAGCGCCCGCGCUGGAGACUCAGCCUCAAGGAGAUGAGGAAGAUAUUGCAUCACGUUAUCCCACGCUUUGGACUGAGCAAGUUAAGAGUCGGCAGAACAAAACCAAUAAGAAUUCAGUGUCCUCGUGUGACCAGGAGCAGCAGUCGGCCCUGGAAGAGGCCAGGCAGCCCAAGAACGACAAUGUGGUCAUCCCCGAGUGUGCCCACGGUGGCCUCUACAAGCCGGUGCAGUGCCACCCAUCCACAGGCUACUGCUGGUGCGUCCUGGUGGACACUGGACGCCCCAUCCCCGGCACGUCCACCAGGUACGAACAGCCGAAAUGUGACAACACGGCCAGGGCCCAUCCGGCCAGGACGAGGGACCUGUACAGGAGCCGCCAGCUCCAAGGUUGUCCCGGUGCCAAAAAGAAUGAGUUUCUGACGAGUGUGUUGGACGCGCUGUCCACGGACAUGGUCCACGCCGUCUCCGACCCCUCCUCCCCGGGCAGGCUCUCGGAACCCGACCCCAGCCACACGCUGGAGGAGCGGGUGGUGCACUGGUACUUCAAGCUGCUGGACAAAAACUCCAGCGGGGACGUCGGCAAAAAGGAGAUCAAGCCCUUCAAGAGAUUCCUGCGGAAGAAGUCCAAGCCCAAGAAGUGCGUGAAGAGGUUCGUGGAGUACUGCGACGUGAACGACGACAAGUCCCUCUCCAUCCAGGAGCUGACGGGCUGCCUGGGCGCCACCAAGGAGGAGGGCAGAGCCGACUCGCGGAAGCGGCACACCCCUAGAGGAAAUGCUGAAAGCGCUUCUAAUAGACAGCCGAGGAAACACGGAUAAAUGGCGCGUGCACGGCAGAUGCUCGACCCUCGGCCGACUCCCUCACCAAAAAGCAAUUAAAAAAGCAAAACCAAACACAUAGUAUUUGCACUUUGUACUUUAACUGUAAAUUCACUUUGUAGAAUUGAGAUAUUUAAACAGACUGCGUUAAUCUGUGAACAUGGAAGGGCUGUGGCUUCAGAAAACGAGUCACAUACAAUGUAUGUGUCUUCUGCGACCUUCCCGGUCUGUGGUUGCUGGGGGUCUGUUUGGAAAGGAUGCGAGCUCACUUUCUUCCUCCGCCACGUGGUGACGUGGCCGAGACCUCCCGCCCUGCCCACCUCCUGACCGCGCCGGCCCUAAGGGCCCCGCCAGCCCGGCACCGGGGGCUGCUGUCCUGGCAGCGUGGCUGAAUCUGAGUUGGAAGCUUCGUGGCUGUGUACAAGUGUGUAACCCGCGGCGAUUCGCAUCGUGCGGGUCACAGGGGCAUGGGUGGGCUUGUUUCUUGGGCUUUUGUCUUGGUCGUGUUGCGCCCCGCAGAGACCUCGCUGGCACGGGGAGUCGCCCACCCGGUAAAGCCGUCUUUGCAGGGAGCAAAGAAUAGUUGCCAAACUGUUUUUGGUGCGCGUGCUUUUCCAUUCCAGCUUCUGUUUGAAUUUUUCCUUCUUGGGCUCAGACUAUUCAUGCAAUAAACGCUAGAGAAUUAUUGCUGAGGCAGCUGAAGGAAAGGGGCCCGUCGUUCCGAAAAGCCAGUUUAAUCAUGACCUGAGCAAGCCGGCUACACAGGCUUGUCAGCCCGGCUCUUUCUCGUACACCUGGCCUCCCCCCAGCCCCCGAGGUCCCGCCCCGGGGCCACUGCAAGGUGAAAUUAUCACCUGAACUCAUUAGGAACCGUCUCCUUGAGGGGGAUGCGGCCAGGAGAAGCUGGGUUUGUGGGUUGGUCUUGGCAGCCCAGACCAAGUGCUGUGGGGCCAGGCCUUCUCUCUGUCCUCCCUGAUGCCGCGAGGCUGCAAGGGCAACGGGCCAAGGGCAAACCUGUCUGAGGGGGGCUGGGGGCUGGUAAGGAACUGAAUGCCUGACUGAGCUGCAGGACUGGCCCCCACCUCCGGGAGCGCGCCCCCUGGCCCCACAGAGCGUCUGGGGGCAGCCCCGGAGCUGGGGUGACAUUCUGAGGCUGCCUCCGUUCUGGCUUCUGGUUGAGAAAAAUCUUCAUGGCCCCAGAUCCCCCAACAUGUGUCCUGUCAAAUGAUCUCCGUGAAUUUGCAUGAAGACGUUUUAUGAGGCUGCUGCUUUAAACUGUGCAGAAGUAAAAAGGAAAUUUUGGAGCCACGAAACCAGCUCAAGUGUGUGUCAUCAAUAAGAAACAGGAUCCUAAAUUUAUUGGAUAAUCUUUUAUAUUUCUGAACUUUGAUUUUUAAUCUUUUUUCUUAGAUUGAAAUAAAAUAUGCUAUCAAGACUA